AUGUUUAAAAAGUUCAACCUCAAAGAAGAUGUGGCAUCGAACACGAUCAUCAAAUCAUCAACACAACGAGCCAUCCGAUCCAAACUAACCCAGCAAUUCCCCGCACUCAACCAACCCUUGAUAGAAGAAGACCCCGAAAAUAAAAACGAAACAGACCCUUCCUCCAGCCUUGAUCAUCCUGCUUCGAAUCCUGCUGAUCGAAUUACUCUCCUGGAAUCCCUUUGGCCUAAAAAAGAAUCCCUUAAUCUCUUGAAAUGUAGAGAACACGUUUCGAUCUUGGUCUGCAAAAAGACCCCGCUAUUCUUCCAACAUUUCGAUGGCCCGUAUUUCCCUACCUUGAAACUUUUGCACCAAUAUCCGACGUUAUUGCCCCAUGUACAGGUAGAUCGGGGGGCGAUCAAGUUUGUACUUUCAGGGGCCAACAUCAUGUGUCCGGGACUGACUUCUCCAGGUGCCCGCCUUCCCGAGGAGCUGCCUGCACAUACCCCCGUCGCCGUCCAUGCCGAGGGCAAAUCUUCCGCCUGCGCAAUCGGCUUCACUCAGAAGUCUGCAGCCGAUAUGCGCGCUGUGAACAAGGGCAUCGGCGUCGACAACGUUCAUUGGCUCGGUGACGAUCUAUGGCUUAUCGAAGAAAUUUGA